GUAGAAUUUAUCUAAACUCGAGUCCACGACUCUCAAGUGUUGGCAGUCGAUCCACCGUCCGCCACCGAGAGUAGAAAUUUACUAUUCGUCGGGCGUUCGAGAUGGACAAACAACCCACAGUUUUGAAAGAGCUGAAUUCUGCUAAAAUUAAAGUCAACAACGUCAAUAUUAACUAUUUUAAAUUCGGAAAUGGGCCACUAAAACUGUUGAUAUUUCCCGGAGCACUAGGUUAUGUUGGUAGUUUUACACCGCUAAUAAACAAUUUCGACAAAGGAAAAUACACGAUAUAUUUAUGGGAUCCUCCCGGUUAYGGUUUCAGUCGUCCGCCGAACAGAGAUUUUUCGCCAGGAUUUUUGAACCGUGAUGCCGACUGUGCAAUCGCACUCAUGGAGGCGUUGGGCGUCGACAGGUACUCAAUGYUGGGCUGGUGCAACGGAGGAUGCACCGCGCUGAUCGCAGCUUCCAGAGCCGCCGACCGGGUGGACAARUUGGUGGUGUGGAGCUGCAAYGCGUACGUCACCGACAAAGAUCUCGAUAUCUACGAGACGACACGCGACGUCCACAGCUGGCCGGAUGCGAGGAGAGUAUCGCAAUUCGAAUUGUACGGCGAGAAGUACGUGUCGGACACAUGGGGCAGGUGGAUAGACUCGUUCCGGAUAAUUCUCGAAGAGCACGACGGUGACGUGUGCCGCGGUGCACUGYCCGAGAUAAAUGCGCCCACGCUCGUGCUGCACGGAGCAAAUGAUGAGUUCAUACCGAUCGAGCACGGCGUAUACCUCCACGAAAACAUCAAGCGCUCGACACUUGAAAUAUUUCCUGAUCACAGGCAUAUCUUACAAUUUACAGCCACUGAAAAGUUUAUUUCAAUAGUGGAUAAUUUUCUUAGUAGUAGUGUAUAGGUAACAACAAUCAAUUUCCAUACAUUUAAAAGCUAUAUUAUGAAUAACAUAAUUACAAGAAGAUAUUAAGUGUCAAGACCUAUACGUAAGUAAUAUUAUAAGUUAUAAUACAACAAGUUAACGGUGAAAUUGCUUUGACUACUAUGAAAAUCUACACAGAUUUGUUAAAUCCCAACAAAACAAUAAUAAUAAGCCAUAAUUAAUUGAUAAAUAACAUUUUAUUAUCAUUUGGAAUGUAAUAGUUAUAUU